AAGAGUAACACACUAGCCAUCAGACAUUUACUGGUACCGAGAGAUUUUAAGAUAGAAAUGUAUUAGUGGUAGGCUAAUCGUGCCGACCGUUUGGCCUAGAAUCGUUAGUCAUUUAUUACGUCCACACUAUUUUCAAACGUGUUGAAUUUCGUGGUGAACAAAAUUAGCAUAAAAUUUCCAUUAUUUAUUUAGAAAAUUGAUUUUCUAAAAGGAUCUACAAAAGGCCUAGGAUGGUUUGGUUCAGCAUUCUUAGUGGUCAAUUCUGUCUUAGGAGCUGGUCUUCUAAACUUCCCGAUGGCUUAUCAUCGAGCUGGCGGAGUCCUGUCUGCUGUUCUUGUCCAGUCAAUGUUGUUGGUGGUUAUCGUCACGUCCAUUCUAAUUCUGGUCCACUGCUCGGACAUCAAAAACUGCAACACGUAUCAAGAUGUGGUCAGUGCAAUCUGUGGUCCAGUCGCCCAGCUUGCCUGUGCAGUAAUGAUUGUUAUGGUCAGCUUCGGAACAUGUGUCACCUUUCUUGUCAUCAUUGGCGACCAAUGGGAGAUGUUUUUUUAUCAAGUUGCAAAGUCAUUGUAUUGUGAAAGCAGUCCAUUCUACAUGUCCAGGGCAUUCGUGAUCUCUGUUUCAUCUGUUGUUUUCAUCCUGCCUUUGUGUUUCUGUCGGAGUAUUGACUUUCUAAAAUACGCUAGUGUGCUUGGAGUCUUUGGAAUCUUGUAUAUCGUCUGCUUAGUAACAAUCAAGUAUUUCCUGCCUCAUAAAGAACCAGGAUCUGUGUUAUUGUCCCCAAAAUCCUGGGUUGAUGUUUUCUUGAUAAUACCUGAAAUUUGUUUUGCAUAUCAGUUUCAUAUCAGUGUGAUUCCUAUCUACUCGUGCAUGAACCAAAGAAACAUAAAAGAGUUCUCCAAGACUCUGACUUUGGCGAUGGUUGUCUGUGUAAUAACCUACACAGGGACUGCUGCCCUGGGCUAUUUACAGUUUGGAGAAAACAUCACCAAUGAUAUCCUGCUGUCUUUUCAACCUGAUGCAGCAGUCAUGGUAGCUAUAGUACUAUUAGCAAUCAAGACUUGCACAACAUAUCCUGUCAGCUGCUACUGUGGCAAAGCUGCUUUUGACUGCUUCUGGAGGACGGUCUGGAGAAUGUCGGCAGCAGAAUCUUUAGUCAAAGAAAACACCAGACGCAUCAUACUGACUCUAUCCUGGUUCACUGCCAGUCUGUUGAUUUCUGUAUUCAUACCCAACAUUGGGGUGAUUAUCCAUUUACUUGGAGCAUUCUCCGCUGUUUUUAUCUUUAUCUUUCCAGGUAUGUGUUUGCUGAAGACGGUACAAAAUAAACUAGAAUCUGGAGAGAAACAAACAAAGAAAAAACAUUUCCUAAAGGCUUUGUCUAUAAUGUAUAUUAUAAUAGGAACAUUUAUAUUUGGACUUACAUUGGCGCAGUCAAUUCUACAAAACCUUCAAGGGGCUGAACCUGACUCUGCAAAGUUUACUUGCAAUGUUAUUACCACCCUUUGACUGUAUUUCUACUGCUGUACAUUUUUAAAUCAUUCACUUUUCUUUUUAACAAUAAGAGAUGAGGUGACGAAAUAGAUCUAUUUCUAAAAGCACCAGAUCCGAGCCUGUACUUCUGUAAAUAAAAUAAAAAUGUUAUUUGUUAAGUAAAAUGUUAUUUGUUAAGUUAUACUUGUUUUAAUCUGAUUUCAGUAAGUCGUUACGAAUGGAAAGAGACCAUUCUUAAGAAAUAAAUACAAUUUUAAACAUAACAACCUCUGAGUGAGCCAGUCAUUGCACGAUCCCAGGGUAGAUACAAGACACCGAUCACAUAAACUAACAGAACUCUUGUUUCCUUAACAAGUAAAUCAUUGAAUCCAAUCCAUCUGAUGACGAGAUU